CUAACAGAACAACAACAUCCUUGUGGAACACAAUGAUUUAUUUAUGGGAUAAAGGGCUCCAGUUGCCUUUCGUGUUCAUACACUGUAACGGUAUGUUGUCAGUGUGUGUGUGUUUGAGUGGCUGCCCACCGCCACUUUGACAGUUGACUGUUGCAUACUAAGAAAACACACCCGCCAUUGAAACCACGUCAAAAACACAGCGGUAUGGGCGAAACCUAAAAAGAAGAAAUAACGAAACACACACUUUAAAAAAAAUAGACGACCACAGAAGAGCGUACACCCGACAUUGGCUCUCCUCUUUCUCUUCUCCUCUCCCCUGUCUACCCUCCGCCUUCCUCCACCUCCUCCUCUUCUCCUCCCUCCUCCCACCCUGGGACCGAGAAUGCCCAUGUUGUACUGACACUGUACUAGCGAUACGGGCUGAGCAGACAUGGAGGCCCGACUAACGAGGGAGGCCCGCGCUGACACAUCCAGGCCCAGCUAACGGCGAGUUGGAGUGGAUUUCGGAGCGUCUCGGCACAUAUUACGGAUACCAUUCGCUGACUUGGACGAUACAAAUAUGUGGCCACCGCGUUGAUAACACACCAGGGGUGGACACAGGACAAAAUAAUGUGAACUACGUUUCUGGACAGUUUAAGAGUUGAAGGACGGAGAAAGAGGGCUGGACAGCCAAGGAAGGGAGAGAAAACACCUCAAAUCAAGGAGAUCUUCCCCCUCACUGUUAUCCACCUCCCCCCUUUCCCCUUCACCCCUAUCCAUAUUCCUUCUCUAGAACUGUACCAGGGAUCCACAACAUACCCUCCCUAGUAUACCUGUACACUCCUUAAAGUUUUGAUGGAUCAGAAGAUGCAGGGAGGAUCUUCAGCUCCUCCCCCUCUUAUCUCAGCUACUUCCAGUGGUGAAAGAGACAAGGAGGGAGGAGGAGGGAAAAAAGAGGAAGAGGAUGAAAAGCAGAGAGACAGAGAGAAGGAGGGAUCUAACAAUGUCUCAAGUGGUAAUGGGUGUGCAGGUGCAGAUGCUCCAGGAGGUGCUGGUGGCGACCAAUCACAUUUCUCCAUUAAAGAGAGCAGCCUGUGUGAGGGCAAUGUCAAACUUAAGAUUGGUCUUCAAGCUAAACGAAUGAAGAAACCACCCAAAAUCCUGGAGAAUUAUGUGUGUCGACCAGCCUUCAGGGCCACUGUUCGGCAUACAGGGCGCGGUGGAGGAAGUGCACGUGGAAAUCGUGCAACAACUGUAAAUGAUGGGUCAAGCAAUCAAAGCCAGAGUCCAUCACAAGGCAAGGAUAAAGAGAGGGAGAAGAGUCCAUCUAUCAACAAACAGCCCUCAUCAUCCUCAUCAACCCCUUCACUCAAAGCUCCUACACCACCACCACCUCCUGUUUCUACUCCACCUUCUGCCAACAUGUCUCCCUCCCCAGGAAUCGGGAAUACUUUAGCAAAAAAGGGUCCACCAAAGAUUGACUGCAAGUCUGACACAAAGCCAGACACAAAAGCCGCAGCCACCAAUUCUGAGAGACCCCUUAACCUUCACCGCCCUCCUCUAGACAGUAAAACACAUUCCUCUGGGAAGAAAGCACUGACUCCACAACUCAACCCAAGGACAUCCUCACCUUCUCCACCACAACCUGCAUCAAUAGAACCAAGCUUUGAAGGUGUUAAACCCCCUCAGUACACCUACAGCACUGAAAAUCAGAGAGACAAAGACAAAGGUGUCCAGAACUGGGGAACGCCUACAGUCACAGAGAAGUUAGCUCAACUCAUAGCAACAUGCCCACCAUCAAAAACCUUAAAGCCAGCCAAACCCACAAAGAUUGAACCAGCCCCUUCACCCCCAAGCCCAGGCUUUAUGGCCCCAACAGCCAAACAGCGUGACAGGGCUUUGGCCAAUAGGAACACAUACUCAAGGAUUGUCCACCUUUCUCCACCUCCUCCUGUAUCACGACCACCUGGUCGGCCCUAUGGUUCCAGAAACAAAGACAGUGUUAUGGACAGUUCACCCAGCUUGACACCACUGAGAAAAGAGGAUGCAGAUGUGAGUGGAAAAACAAGCAACAACAGUGUUACCUUCAGCAACAGCAUCAAUAUGAAUAGCACCAUCACCAGUAGUCGUAGCAGCAGCCCAGCACUCACUUUUGUCAGUAACCGCUUGUCACCGUUGUCAAAAGAUAGCACCAAUGAGAACAGUAGCAUUUCUAAGCCACAUUCACGUCCUGCUCACAGUCAACCCAACAAUGGAAACUUGUCCUCAUGUCCAUCCUUUAGCACCAGUUCAAUUGAGCAGAGGACAAGUGUAGUGAGUCACCUGGGUUCUCCCUCACAUGGAUACCAUGCAGCAGAAAGUUCUGCUCUUGCUGAGGAAAGCAGUGAAAGCGAAAAGGAGCAAGACAGGGACAUCCCCAGAGACUUAACAAAAUGCCCUCACCUAACGGGAAUGGGAAAGUUAGAAGGAAAAGACAAAGGAGGUCAUUAUCAUUCAAUGCGAAUUGAAAGGGGAAAGAGCUCUAGUCCAAGCAAGCGAAGCCCGAACCGAGAAAGUAAUCGACCCGGUCGUACUUUGAGCCCUCCAGAGUCAGUUAGACAAAGGGCACCUUCUCCCCCGGAGCCAGAGGAUGAGGACAGUCGUCCACAUACACCUUACAGAGAUGAUUCUCCGGAUUCAUCUAUUGAUUCCCCAGCUGAGCAAGACAGGAAACCUCUGAAAAAACGCAGAGGAAGGAAGCCACGCUGGAACCGAAUUUUUAACAACACAGAGAGUCAAAAAAGAGACCAGAACAGUCCUUUUGACCAGAGCAGAACCACCAUGUCUAUAUCGUCAAGCUCAGAAAUACAUUUGCCACAUGUGAAAAGACCAGUGGGUAGGCCUCCUAACCCAAAUAAAGUUAAACCAACCAACCAUUCUGUGCCACAAAGUCAAGUGUCACAGCUUUUCCCACUGCAGCUUAAAAAAAGGGGAAGGCCAAAGUCCAAAAUGCCAACACUUCAUGCCCCUGCUCAUGGGCAACCACCAAAUAAGCUGGUCCCUUCUAAGGUCUUCUCUUCUUUUCUCAAGUCCAAAGAAGAGCAGGACCCACCUGUCCUUCACCCAGAGGUAGAUUUUAACCCUCCUAAACCAAUGCCUAGAAAACGAGGACGCCCAAAGCGCCUUCCCCCUACCUUACCCCAGGAAGGUCAACCUCCCACAUUGGCUCCAGAGGCAGGAGAGAUGGGAGACAAACGUUUCUGCAGUAAAGGAAAUGGGCAGCUUAUCAUGAAAACUAUUAUAGGUAAAAUCAACAAAAUGAAAAGUGUGAAAAGGAAACGCAUUCUCAGUCAAAUCUUGUUAGGCCCAAGACCAGAGGACACCCCAAAAUGCAAUUCAAGUGGAGUGGCUGGCUCUGUGGAAGCCACUAGCCAAUUAUCCUCCUUAGCUGCUUCAUUUGGGGGGAAAUUGGGGUCACAAAUUAACGUCAGCAAAAAAGGGACAAUUUAUAUGGGUAAAAGGAGGGGCCGUAAACCAAAAACAUCAAGUAAUUCCACAGCGACAUCACCAUCAGAACCAUUCUUAUCUCCAAACACCAAUUCCCCUCAUCAUCACCACCAGCAAUCCCAUCAACACCAUCAGUUCUCCUCUUCAGAAGUCUUUCCCUCCCCGUCCCUUUCACAGUCAAGUGGAGGCCACAGUCCCAUUAGUGAUGCCAGCUUUGUUGAGCCAAGCUCAGUGCACUUUGUGGGUCAUUCUCACUAUUCCAACUCUCAUCAUAACCACAACACAUUCUCUUUUCCACCCCCAACCUUUUCAGCUCCUAAUCCCCGCAACACAGGGUUAGGUAUGACAUCAUCAUCCAUGACUACAGCAGCUUCCCAGAAGAAGUCAUCUUGCCGUGGAUACCAUCAUCAUCACCACCAUUACAGACAGCACUUUCACUAUCAUAAACUUUCCCCUCCCAGGCCACUUCAUCCCACUUCCCCGGCCCCCCUCAGUGAGCUCAAAGAAGCCACUCCAUCACCAGUCAGUGAGUCACACAGUGAGGAGACAGUGCCCAGUGACAGUGGUAUUGGAACAGAUAAUAACAGCACUUCUGACCGUGGUGAGAAAGCUGGUGGAGUGGGUGGCUUAGGUGCAAUUGGAAUACCACCAGGAAUUGGCAGUGGGAUACUAAUGCCUGGGGUCAUGGGAUCAUCUAUGGGUCCAGGCCUUAAUUCUAGAGGCAGGCGAAGACACUCUGCUGUGCUUAUGGAACGCCCCUCACCCUCUCCAUCACCUCAUGGGACAAGGACACCGCCUGAUCCCCGGAGACCUCACCCAGCAGCCCCUGCCUCGUCGUUAAUAGGACACAAAGAAAAGCAUAAGCACAAGUGUAAACGCCGCAGCCAUGGAUGCCCUGGUUAUGACAAACUUAAAAGACAGAAAAGGAAACGAAAGAAGAAGUACCUGCAACUACGCUCCCGUCGGCUAGACCCUGAUUUUCUUGCGGAGCUGGAUGAGAUUGUUGUAAGACUGAGUGAAGUACGUAUAACACACCGUACAACAGGGCACCGACUUGGUAGUGUUGUUGGCAUAGGAGCAGGAACAAGUAGAAUACAAGGGGUGGGGAGCAGGGCCAGUUCUGGCAUAGGAGGCGCAGGUGGCCCUCCUCCACAUCAUUAUGUCCACAGGGACCUCCUGCCUACAAUUUUCAGAGUUAACUUUGGCAGCUAUUACUCCCAUCCUGCAUACUCCCAUUGUGACCCAUUGCACUAUGUUCGCAAGCCAGAUUUAAAGAAAAAACGGGGAAGGCCUCCCAAACUGAGGGAUUCUAUGUCAGACGUCCCCUUUGUACCUGGGCUUGGGUUCCCACUUUCAAGUGGGGGCUUUUACCACCCCUCAUACAGUGUUCCUUACUCCUCAGGACCCCUGGGUUUAGGCUAUUAUAGAGGCUAUCCUACAGCCAGUGCACUGUAUCCCCAUCCACACCAUCAGUCACCCCACACAGCCUCAUCUCACCACUCUCAUCACUCACCAACCUUCCCUCCUCCUCCCCCAACUUCCUAUGUGCAUCAUCAUCCGUCACAUCUCUUGCUGAACCCCUCUAAAUUUCACAAGAAAAAGCAUAAGCUACUCAGGCAGGAGUUUCUUGGAGGAGGAAGAGCCCCUGUCCUUUACCCACCCAUGUCCUCUGAGCUCUCCUUUAACUGGCAUCAUAAACACAAACACAGACACAAACACAGGGAGCGCUGUGCUGAUGAUGACAGGGAGGAAGGAGCAAGAAGUGGAUCAGGAAGCAGAUCUAAUGCAGGGAUGUCUGAUAGCAGAACAUCAGGGAAAGGUGAGCGAGUGAGCAGCAUGGGAAUGGCUGAGUCUUUACAAAGAUGUCGCUUUGGAAGAGAUGCCUCCAGCACUAGUACUAGCAAGCAGCCUGGUUCUGCUAAUUCCCCUUCUUCAUCCUCAACUUCAUCUGCAGAAAGGUGCAAGCGCAAAGAGAGCUCACUGUCCUGCCUUGGUCCCUCCAGGCUUGCAGUGGGAAAUAGCUCAAAAGGCCAUCACCCAAUAGAGUCCUGGUUUAGGAUGGGAAACUCUGAGGCAGAAUACCCUAAACUCUCUAGGAGUCAUGUGUUGUCUGGCCAAGGUCCCUUCUCAGAUGGACGGACUGAAAACCCAGCUGCUUGCACAGACAGUGAGGAUGAGGAACCUCUCACACCUACGGAGGAGGGAGAACCUGGAGGCCACAACUCCCCAAACCUUACCAAUCUCUUUGCCUCUGCUCUCACUCGUACUGCACUAAAGGGGAGCAGAAACAGAAAGACUGAGGCAGAGUGUUCUGGCUUCUCCAACAUGGAUAGACCGAAGAGCAAAGACCGAUCAACAUCAGCAGAAAGGAGAGACAUGGGGUCAACAAGUGUUCAGUCAAAGGGUGCUGCCCUCUCGACUUCUGAUGGGCCCGAAGGAUCCCUGCAACACAGGCAGCAGCAUCAUCACCAGACUUCUCUGUUUUAUCCACAUGGCUCUACUUCCUCCUCCUCCUGCCUUUCUCCUGCUCAGGAUUAUUGUCUGGGUGCCUCCCUGCCUCACCACUCCCAUCGGGCACAGCCAUCCAAACACAGCCUGCACCACGUCAACAAAAUCUUACGUGCCAAGAAACUGCAGAGACAGGCCCGUACAGGAAACAAUGUGGUAAAAAAGAGGGGCCCCGGGCGUCCCAGGAAACACCCUUUACCCUCUCCACCCCCUUCCCCAACCCCUGUCGUAGAGGUGACUCAGGCCCGGCACAGAGACAGAGUGCUUGAACAGCCUGCGGGGGACAGUGUUUGGGAUGGGGAUACUGUGACAGAUGCCAUUGAGUCAGUCGUCCAAGGGCAGCGUAGGAAAGGCCAGAAGAGAAAGCACUGGGAGAGAAAUGGAGAUGAGGAAGAAGAAGAAGAGGACGGGGAGGUUCAAGAGUCUGAGGACCCACUGCCAAACAGUGAGGAGAACCUGGGUGACCUCAUGGCACGGUCCACAACCGGGACAGGGAGAGUCUGGCUUACUCAGGAGGAGCUUCAGCACUUUCGUGGAUCAAUGGAAAGCAAGCCAGAUGGCCACUGCUCACCAGAACGCCCAGGCACUGUCUCCAGGGAACAAGCUCCUCCCAUUUCCAUAACGAGCCAACGGGAGAAGAGAGCAGCCAGGCCCCCAAAGAAGAAGUUCCAGAAGGCGGGACUGUACUCAGAUGUGUACAAGACUGAAGAUCCCAAAAGUCAACUGUUGCAGCUGAAGAAAGAGAAGCUGGAAUACAUACCUGGGGAACAUGAGUAUGGACUGUUUCCAGCUCCGAUACACGUUGGGAAAUAUCUGCGAAUGAAGCGCAUUGAUUUCCAGUUGCCUUAUGACAUCUUGUGGUUGUGGAAACAUGAUCAGCUUCACAAGAGGCCUGAUGUUCCCCUUUAUAAAAAGAUCAGGUCAAAUGUCUAUGUGGACGUCAAGCCUCUGUCUGGUUAUGAAACAACCACAUGCAACUGUAGACCUUCUGACAACACGCCUGAAAAGGGCUGUCUGGAUGACUGUCUAAACAGGAUGAGCUUUGCCGAGUGUUCUCCCAGUACAUGUCCAUGCGCCGAGACGUGUGAUAACCAGCAUAUCCAGAGACAUGAGUGGGUACAGUGUCUGGAGCGGUUCCGUACUGAAGGAAAAGGCUGGGGCAUCCGCACCAAGGAAACCCUCCGCUCUGGGCAGUUUAUCAUCGAGUACCUGGGAGAGGUUGUUAGUGAGCAGGAGUUCAGGAGCCGCAUGAUGGAGCAGUACUUCUCCCACAGUGGCCAGUACUGUCUGAAUCUGGAUAGUGGUAUGGUGAUUGACAGCUACCGAAUGGGCAAUGAGGCACGCUUCAUAAACCACAGCUGUGAACCCAACUGUGAGAUGCAGAAGUGGUCAGUUAAUGGGGUGUACAGAAUUGGUCUGUUUGCUCUCAAGGACAUCAGCAGUGGCACUGAGCUCACCUACGACUACAACUUCCACUCCUUCAACACAGAGGAGCAGCAAGUGUGCAUGUGUGGCUCAGAGAGCUGCCGAGGCAUCAUUGGAGGGAAGAGCCAGCGUAUUAAUGGCCUGCCAGGAAAGAAUGGAGGGGCCCGGCGGCUGGGUCGACUGAAGGAAAAGAGGAAAUCCAAACACCAGCUAAAGAAAAGAGAGGAAGAGUCCAGUGACAGCAACAAGUUUUACCCUCAUCUCAUGAAGCCCAUGUCCAACCGAGAGAGAAACUUUGUGUUGAAGCACCGUGUCUUUCUCCUGAGGAACUGGGAGAAGAUGAGGGAAAAACAGGAGCUGCUGAAGAGGGAGGGCGAGCGAGAGAGGGACAGUAGCAGCCUGUCCAUUUAUACACGCUGGGGAGGCGUCAUACGUGAUGAUGGCAACAUUAAAUCAGAUGUUUUCCUCACCCAGUUCUCAGCCCUCCAGACAUCGAGGUCAGUUCGCACACGGAGACUGGCUGCUGCAGAGGAAAACACAGAAGUCACACGCACAGCUCGCCUCGCACACAUCUUCAAAGAGAUCUGUGACAUGAUCACCAGCUAUAAGGAUUCCUCUGGUCAGACACUUGCUGCUCCACUGGUGAACCUUCCGUCUCGAAAGAGGAAUAGUCAGUAUUAUGAGAAAGUGUCCGACCCUCUCGACCUGAGCACCAUCGAGAAGCAGAUCCUCACGGGUCACUACAAGACCGUUGAAGCGUUUGACGCAGACAUGCUCAAAGUUUUCCGCAAUGCUGAGAAAUAUUACGGAAGGAAGUCAUCGGUGGGCAGAGACGUGUGCCGUUUACGCAAGGCUUACUACAGCGCUCGUAAUGAAGCUGCUGUCCAGAUUGAUGAGAUCGUGGGCGAGACGGCUAGUGAGGCAGACAGCUCAGACUCACUAGAGAGAGACCAUGGUCACCACCAUGGAAGCGCAGGGUCCCAUGACAAGGACGAUGAUGUCAUCCGUUGCAUCUGUGGGAUGUACAAAGACGAAGGCCUGAUGAUCCAGUGUGAAAAGUGCAUGGUAUGGCAGCACUUCGACUGCAUGCGACUUGAGACGGAGGCAGAGCACUACCUGUGUGAGCAGUGUGAGCCUCGGCCUGUAGACAGCGAAGUUCCUAUGGUACCCCAGCCCAGCUAUGCUCAGGCUGGAUCAAUCUACUACAUCUGCCUCCUGAGAGAUGAACUGCUGCUUCACCAAGGUGACUGUGUCUACCUGAUGAGAGACAGCAGGCGCACAUCGGAGGGACAACCUGUCAGACAGUCCUACCGUCUCCUGUCCCACAUAAACCGAGACAAACUGGACAUCUUCAGAAUCGAGAAACUCUGGAAAAAUGAAAAGGGCGAGAGGUUCGCCUUUGGCCAUCAUUACUUCCGUCCCCAUGAGACACAUCAUUCUCCAUCAAGGCGGUUCUACCAGAACGAGUUGUUCCGCAUGCCUCUCUACGAGAUCAUCCCCCUGGAGGCAGUCGUGGCAACCUGCUGUGUUUUGGAUCUCUACACCUACUGCAAAGGACGACCGAAGGGUGUAAAAGAGCAGGAUGUUUACAUCUGUGAUUAUCGCCUGGACAAGUCGGCUCAUCUCUUUUACAAGAUCCAUCGUAACCGCUAUCCAGUCUGCACCAAGCCAUAUGCCUUUAACCAUUUCCCCAAACGUCUCACACCUAAAAGAGACUUCUCGCCACAUUAUGUUCCUGACAACUACAAGAGGAAUGGAGGUCGCUCUGCCUGGAAGAGUGAACGACCAAAAGGCCCCGGAGGCGAGGAUGACGUCUCUUCAUGCGACAGAGGUGACGACUUUCCACCUGAGGCGGAGGAGGAGAGGGGAGCAGAGGAUGACAUGGAGGUGGCGCAGGAGGACCCUCGACUUCUUGCAGCAAAGCCUAAAAGAACUGAGCAGGAAGAUGAGGAGGAAGACGACGAGGAAGAGGAAGCCCAGGAAGCUGAAGGGCACAAAGAAAUGGAAGCAGAUUCCACAGAGAGGAUCGGCGAGAUGCUGGAACUGCCUUCAUCCUCCGCAUCCUCACCGUUACAUCACCCAGCCUUGGGCAGGAGGGAGGCGCAGAGGGAGCGCCUCAACAAAAUCCUGCUGGACCUGCUGCACAGAACUCCCAACAAGAAUGGUGAGGCACCGGGAACAAAGCAGGGGGCCAUUGAUGUCACUUACCUCCUGGAGGAGGGCGCAGGGAGGAGGCUACGGAGACGGACGCUUGGUUUUGGUGAUUUUGUUGGGAGGAAAUAACUCUAUGUGCCUCUUGAGCAUAUGCAGAAAUUGUCAAGAACACAACAUAGGGGAAAUGGGCAUUGUUGGUCAGCUGACUUUUUUGCACCGCAAUGCCUCUCUGGAGACCUCUUCCAGGUUCUACCCUUACUGUGUCUGUCAUCUCAACCCUGCGAAGGUGGACAAGGGUUUGGAAGCGCUGACUCUGCAGCAUUGUUUAGCUUUUAAAAGUUUCCAGAGGUGAACAAAGAGAAAGAGCUGACCCAGGCAUAUUGUUUAUUUAACUAGUGUGAUGAUUCUUUAAAAAAAAAAAAAAAAACAGGAACAUAGGAAAUAAACAUCCCAUGUACUUUGAACAUUACAAACAUGGGUAGAUAAAUUCCAAUAGCAAGCAUCAGAAAAUAAGUGGUACUGACAGAGAGGGAGGAAAGGUUUGUCCUUUUUAUUUAGUGAUGAUGUGAAUGCUGGAGAAUUUCGGUCCCUUUGUGGAACCUUUUGCUGCAAUGACAAAAUAAAUGUUAGGGUUGAGGGGAGAUGAGCACCAGGACUGUAGGGGGCAGGGAAGAGACAGAGCGGUGUGUGUGUGUGUGUUUCUGUGUGUGUGUGUGCUCAGAUGCUGCUCAUGAGGAAGAGGAUGAGGGUGGAGAACUGCACUUUUGGUACCACGGAUAUCGUGACUGUGUAAUGUAAUCUAUGAUGAAAACACACUAACGCUCGCAGUAUUGAAUGAUGCAGUCUGACGGAAAAAAAACAAAAAAAAAACAA